CUGAGCCUUCUUUUGUUGCUAAAAGUGAAGAUCGUUUGUUUAAACAUUUGUUUGAAGACUAUCAAAGAUGGGUUCGUCCAGUGGAACACUUGAAUGACACAAUAAAAAUAAAGUUUGGUCUUGCAAUCUCUCAGCUAGUAGAUGUGGAUGAGAAAAAUCAAUUGAUGACAACAAACGUCUGGUUGAAACAGGAAUGGAUAGAUGUAAAAUUAAGGUGGAAUCCUGAAGACUAUGCUGGAAUAACAUCUAUUCGUGUCCCAUCAGAUUCCAUUUGGAUCCCAGAUAUCGUGUUGUAUGACAAUGCAGAUGGACGUUUUGAGGGAACAUCUACAAAAACUGUGGUAAAAUAUGAUGGCACCAUUGCUUGGACUCCACCAGCAAACUACAAAAGUUCUUGUACUAUUGAUGUGACCUUCUUCCCCUUUGACCUCCAAAAUUGCUCCAUGAAAUUUGGUUCCUGGACUUAUGAUGGCUCACAGGUUGAUAUAAUUCUUGAAGAUUAUGAUGUAGACAAAAGAGACUUUUUUGAUAAUGGAGAGUGGGAAAUAGUGACUGCAACAGGGAGCAAAGGAAAUAGGACUGAUGGAUGCUGCUGGUAUCCUUUUGUUACAUAUUCAUUUAUAAUUAGGCGCUUGCCACUUUUUUACACAUUGUUUCUCAUUAUUCCUUGUAUUGGGCUUUCGUUUCUAACUGUCCUUGUCUUCUAUCUUCCUUCAAAUGAAGGUGAAAAAAUUUCACUUUGCACUUCCGUACUGGUAUCUUUGACUGUUUUUCUUCUUGUUAUUGAAGAGAUUAUUCCAUCAUCUUCUAAAGUUAUCCCACUUAUAGGAGAGUACUUGGUGUUUACUAUGAUAUUUGUGACAUUGUCCAUUGUGAUAACUGUGUUUGCUAUCAAUAUUCAUCAUCGCUCUUCAUCUACACACAAUGCUAUGGCACCAUGGGUUCGCAAGAUAUUUCUUCACAAACUUCCCAAGCUGCUUUGCAUGAGAAGUCAUGUAGAUAGAUACUUUGCUCAGAAGGAGGAAACAGGAAAUAUAAAUGGAUCAGAAUCAUCUAGGAACACCUUGGAAGCAGCUCUAGAUUCUAUCCGAUACAUUACAAGGCAUGUUACGAAGGAGAAUGAAGUGCGUGAGGUUGUUGAAGACUGGAAAUUUAUUGCUCAGGUGCUUGAUCGAAUGUUCUUAUGGACUUUUCUUCUGGUUUCAAUAAUUGGAUCACUUGCAUUGUUUAUUCCUGUUAUUCAUAAAUGGGCAAGUAUAAUAGUACCUACACAUAUAGGCAGUACACAUGCAUAA